GUGGUACUGGCUGCUGUAGUUUUUCGCGGUCUCUCUCUCUCUAUUUUUUUAAGGAACAGCAGACAGGAUCAGCGCGCAAGGACAGGGAAGACCAGGAACUCCUCCUUAUUUGCGCCUGUCAGAGGACAGAUAUAUUUCGUACAUGACGCAUUUGUAGAAAACAAACAGGUACUCCAUCCAGUGGCACUGUGAGUCUAGAGGAGCAAAGGCAGGAUGUCAGCCAGAGGAGGAAAGAAAAAGAUCACCAAGCUGUCCCGUUCCGCCCGGGCGGGAGUCAUUUUUCCUGUGGGGAGAAUGAUGCGUUACUUGCGCACAGGAACCCAUAAGUAUCGCAUUGGCAUGGGCGCCCCUGUCUACAUGGCAGCUGUCAUUGAGUACUUAGCAGCUGAGAUUUUGGAGUUGGCUGGAAAUGCAGCAAGAGACAACAAAAAAGGGAGAAUCACUCCACGACACAUCAAGCUGGCAGUGGCCAAUGAUGAAGAACUUAACCAGCUUCUCAGAGGAGUGACCAUAUCGAAUGGUGGAGUUCUGCCUCGCAUUCACCCUGAGCUGCUCUCCAAGAAGAGAGGAGGUAAGGUGAAGGUGGAGUCUCAGGUCGCCGUUCCGGAGAAGAGCGCCAAACGGAAACCCGUCAAGAAACCCUACAAAAAGAGCAAAGGAAAACCAGGCCGCAAACCCAAAAAAAGCACAGAGAACGAUAAAGAAGCAGAUGCCAACGCGAUGGAAGACGGACCAGGAGAGGGAUUUACUAUCCUCUCUGCGAAGAGCUUGUUCCUUGGACAGAAGCUGUCGCUCACAGAGAGUGAAAUCAGCAAAAUCGGGACGAUCAAAGUGGAGGGAAUCAUCAAUCCCACAAACGCAGAGAUUGAUCUGAAAGAGGGAAUCGGAAACGCUCUGGAGAAAACAGGGGGAAAAGAUUUCCUAGAGACUGUCAAGGAGCUGAGGAAAAGCCAGGGCCCUUUGGAGGUCGCAUCAGUGGCUGUGAGUCAGGCCAAUGGGAUGGCAGCGCGUUUCAUCAUCCAUUGUCACGUCCCGCAGUGGGGCUCGGAUAAGUGCGAAGAUCAGCUCGAGAAAACAGUCAAGAACUGUCUGUCUGCGGCCGAGGAGAAGAAGCUCAAAUCAGUGGCUUUCCCUUCACUACCCGCUGGACGAAACGGUUUUCCAAAGCAGACGGCAGCCCAGCUCAUACUGAAGGCCAUCUCCAACCAUUUUGUGUCCGCAACCACCUCAUCCCUGAAGAACAUUUACUUUGUUCUGUUUGACAGCGAGAGCAUUGGGAUAUACCUGCAGGAGAUGGCCAAGAUGGACGCCAAGUGAAGCUCUGCCGCGGCGUCGAUUUCUUUGAAAGUGUAACGGCCUCGAUGCAGCUCUGUUUUUAGCUCCGCUUUCGACUCGACGCUGUGGGAAGGGGAUGCGAGUUGAACCGGAGCUUUAGCAGAGAGUGUAUCCAGGCCAGUAGGAGCGUUCUAAGUGGAGUGUAGUGCAGCUUGGUAAAAGAUGUUGUAGGUAUAUGUUUUUGUUUUCUUUUUCGACAACAGAUUAUUUGAAGGUGUUUAAACAAGGAUAUUUGUGAGUGACGUACUGUACACAUUUAUGUUUCACUGUUCUCCUUUAAAGAAGAGACAUUCAUUUAGACUAGAUCAACUUAAUCUCCAUCGUUUGACAUUUUUAUCCUUCGAUCGAUUCUGUUUUUACAUUCCAUCUUUCCGAGUUGAACUUUCGACCGUUGUUUUUUUAGCUAGAUAUCAUAUGUGGGUUUUGACGGUUUCGGUUUAUCAAAAAAAACUACAAAAAAAAGUGUUUCUUGUUCUGCUUUGAAAUAAAAAAAUUUUACACCACA